UGGACGGGGACAGCAGGUGGUUUCUGUCUGAGCUGAGUCACCUGCCGGAGGGACACUGGGCACAGGCCCAGGGUUAUAAAACGAGUCCGUGAGAAGCCCGGGGCCAGAGCCCACCUAGGACCUCAUACGGGUUGGGAAGCUGGGGUCCAGGAAGGGCCGAGGGCCCGACGAGGGGGCUUGGACAGGGACCAUGGGGCGCGUUCCCCUCGCCCAGUGCAGGGAGAGAAGCCCCGGCCGGUGGCUUCUGUUCCCGACUGCUCGAAGAGGGGUGAUGUGGCUGGAGGUGGGGGGCCUACUGCGGGGGAUUCGUGGACAGCUGGGCCGGACUGUAGGUCUGCCUUGUGGGGCCCCAGAGCCUGGGCCCCAUUGGUGGGGGCCGUGUUGGGGUUCCUGGGCCCAAAAGCUUCAUCAAGAUGGGCCUGGAAGGGGCCUGGGAGAGGAGGACAUUCGCAAGGCGCGGGAGGCCCGGCCCAGGAGGACGCCACGGCCCCAGCUGAGUGAUCGCUCUCGAGAACGCAAGGUGCCUGCUUCCCGCAUCAGCCGCUUGGCCAACUUUGGGGGGUUGGCUGUGAGCUUGGGGCUCGGAGCGCUGGCCGAGGUGGCCAAGAAAUCCUUGCCAGGAGGACCUCCGCAGCCAGAGAGCAGCUCCAGCCCUUUCCUGUCCGAGGCCAACGCCGAGCGCAUCGUGCAGACCUUAUGCACGGUUCGGGGAGCCGCCCUCAAGGUCGGCCAGAUGCUCAGCAUCCAGGACAACAGCCUCAUCAGCCCCCAGCUGCAGCGCAUCUUUGAGCGGGUCCGCCAGAGCGCCGACUUCAUGCCCCGAUGGCAGAUGCUGGGUGGUGAUUGUCAUGACCAUUCUCCCCAGAGAGUUCUGGAAGAGGAGCUCGGCAGGGACUGGCAAGCCAAGGUGGCCUCCUUGGAGGAGGUGCCCUUCGCCGCGGCCUCCAUCGGGCAGGUGCACCAGGGCGUGCUGAGGGACGGGACGGAGGUGGCUGUGAAGAUCCAGUACCCAGGCGUUGCCCAGAGCAUCCAGAGUGACGUCCAGAACCUACUGGCCGUGCUUAAGAUGAGCGUGGCCCUGCCGGAGGGCCUGUUCCCCGAGCAGAGCCUGCAGGCGCUGCAGCAGGAGCUGGCUUGGGAGUGUGACUACCGCCGCGAGGCAGCCUGUGCCCAGAACUUCAGGCAGCUGUUGGCAGGUGACCCCUUCUUCCGUGUGCCGGCCGUGGUUGAGGAGCUGUGCACGGCGCGGGUGCUGGGCAUGGAGCUGGCCAGCGGGGUGCCGUUGGACCAGUGCCAAGGCCUGAGCCAGGAUACCCGGAACCAGAUUUGCUUCCAGCUCCUGAGGCUGUGUCUGCGGGAGCUGUUCGAGUUCCGAUUCAUGCAGACAGACCCCAACUGGGCCAACUUCCUGUAUGACGCCGCCAGCCACCAGGUGACCCUGCUGGACUUCGGUGCGAGCCGGGGAUUUGGGACCGAGUUCACAGACCAUUACAUCGAGGUGGUGAGGGCUGCAGCUGAUGGAGACAGAGACCGCGUCCUGCAGAAGUCGCGGGAUCUCCGAUUCCUCACAGGCUUUGAAACCAAGGCCUUCUCAGAUGCCCACGUGGAGGCAGUGAUGAUCCUGGGGGAGCCGUUCGCCGCCCAGGGCCCUUACGACUUUGGGGCGGGGGCCACUGCCCACCGCAUACAGGGCCUCAUCCCUGUGCUGCUGCGGCACCGGCUGCGCCCGCCGCCUGAAGAGACCUACGCCCUGCACCGCAAGCUGGCCGGGGCCUUCCUGGCCUGCGCCCGCCUCCGCGCCCACAUCGCCUGCCGGGACCUCUUCCAGGACACCUACCACCACUACUGGGCCCGCCGCCAGGCACAGCCGCUGCCGCCAGCCUCCUGACCAGGAGGGACCUCCCUCAGGCACCAGCCCCCCCCCCGCCCCCUCCCUGGCAGCCCACCCGCUGCUGCUUGGUGCCUCCCAAGCCUUCCCACUCUGCUCGGGGCCUGGGGAGGCCCCCGGCUCCCAGUCUGGCCGUGUUCCUCUCCAUGGGCCAGCAGCUAAGGAGGUCCCACCUCAGAGCUCCUGCGCACUCCACUGGGCGUCCAGGGACAGCUGAGCCAGGAUGGACCACCUGCAGGAGCCCCCCUGGCGUGCGUCACGGAGAUCCAGACUCCUCCAGAGGGGCAGCCCCUCACCUCUGCUCGGGCGCCCACGGUCCCUUGGCGAUGGAGAGAUGAUGGUUGGCGGAGGCAGCCCUCACCUGUGCCUCCCGCCCUCCUCCUCCUCCACCAGCUGCCGUCUCCCCGGUUCCAGCCUCCGUAGUGGAGGAGUGUGUACCGCGGGGGCACUGAACCUCCCAUCUGAAUAAAAGCAGCCUGCCCCUUC